AAGAUUUCGAAGUUGCAAAUUUUGAACAAGACACAUUCGUGAAUAUUGAUAGUGAGGAAGAAGCACGUGAGUGGUUCAUGGAAUAUCAAUCCUGGUCAAAGACAACUAUGCCUCAAACAAGAGGUUUUGAAAUUAAAGGAAGUCAAGUCAUUUUUCAUGAGCAACGUCAUUGUAUCCAUAGUAAUGAUGUAAAAAAAAAGCAAGGAAACCGUGAAAUGAAGCAUCCACAGUCAUCUCAGGCUCAAAACAUCUUUUGUUCUGCAACUAUUCAUAUGUGGUUGGAGCGCUAUAACCUUGCAUUGAGCCACCCAUUGAAA